AUGGAUGCGGCCAAUCGACCUCCCCCCGCUGGACCGCAGCAACAAGCCUCCCUCAUCCGACCAGAACAGGUCCAGAGACUCCCCCAACUCAACGCAGCACAGAAGCAGCAGUAUGAACAGGGCGUCAAGAGAUUCUGGGAAAUCCUGAACAGCUCUCAGCAGGGGGAACCCAAGUACAACGAAGCCUACCAGGGUCUAGUCCGUACAUCUGGUCAAUUGAUGGCUGGUAUGAAGCAGUGGCAACAAGCGGCCAAACAACGACAACUCGCCCAACAAAAUAGCCAGCAGCAAUCUAACCAGCCACAGGCCACUCCGCAGGCCCCAAAACCACCAGUCCAAGCUCCGACAGCCCCUGGCGCACCCGCUCAAGGUGCCACUAACAGUGCAUUACAAUUUAGUCAAUUGAUGCCGGAGAUUCAACGUAAAGUCAAGGAACAGCAUUUCUAUUACCCACCUGCCAUGACCAAAGGAUCCGAACCUGCAGAGGUAUGGCUGCGGGAAGCAAAGACUCGACUUGGUCAGGCACUCCAGAGACUCCAGGUUGCCAAACAGAAAAAGGCCGAGUUCCAGCGGCAGGCACAGCAAAGAACGCAACAGGGAAAUCCUCUGAAUGCGCAAGAGCAAGAAGUCUUUGCCAGCAAAGUUGCGCAGUGCGAUCGCGCAGUUGCCGAGAGCACAUCAUUCAUGAAGAAGUUUAACGAACAGCAGGAGCAAUUCCGAGCAGCCCAACCUCAAAACCAGUUUAGCAAACAGCCUGCAACAGGGCCAGAUGGCGCUGAGCAAACGCCGGUUGCGCAUAUGCAACCAGCUGUUCAAGGUCCCACGGCACAUUCCAUCAGCUCGGCUGUGUCUGCUGCCCGUAACCAGGCUAGUGCUGCUCAAGCAACAAGCCCUACAGCAGCAGCAUCUCAGCUCAACCAAGCUAUGGCUUCAAGCACUCAGCCAACCCCAGUGACUGCGACUCAAGCAUCUUUUCCACCGGUCGGCCAAACAGGCGAUGGUUCUGCUCCCCCGCGUCCAGUUUCUCAUCAGGGUCAGCCGGCCCCUUCACAAGGAGUACCGCAUAGCGCACAGGCAGCAAUUCAUCCACAUCCUCUGAACACUAGUAUCAACGGCGCCAAGACAUUAACACCAGUAAUCACGAAGAACCUCCAGGUCACUGAGCCCAAACCUGUGACGAUGCCACCUUCAAGACCAACAUUGACGGGAGGGGCCGGGGUAGGAUUGCCUGGUCAACUGGCGCAGCCAGCUAUCUCUACGCUGCCUGGCUAUGUUCUCGAGUCGAGCGAGGAUGGAAGGGUACUUUCAAAGAAGAAGUUGAACGAGUUGGUCCGGGAGAUCUGUGGGCCCGGACCCGAGGAACAGCUGGACCCAGAGGCAGAAGAGAUUUUUCUGUCUCUUGCAGAUGACUUUGUCGAUGAGCUGGUGUCGUCAGCAUGUAAGCUGGCGAAGUUACGGGGAUCAUCAAGCUUGGAAGUACGUGACCUACAGAUAGUACUCGAACGACAAUACAAUAUUCGAGUUCCUGGGGUAUCGACCGACGAAAUUCGAACGGUUCGACGACCUCAACCAGCACCAGGCUGGACACAUAAGAUGAGUGCGGUGCAAGCGGCUAAAUUAACGGUGGGCGGUGCCGCAGCCACUGCGGUCAACAACGGCGGCAAGGACAAUUGA